AUGUCAUAUGGUCAACAACGUUCUAAUAUAGAGGCUAAUGAUCGUCGUAUUGCUAGUAUUGAAGCAUUAUUUGGUAAUACUGGAAUACGUUUAAAAAAGGAAGGAAGAUAUCUUAUUGGUGAGGGUGUUCUUAUGAAAAUGUGCCGAAAGAAGCCAAAACAACGCCAAUUUUAUCUUUUUAAUGAUAUUCUUAUAUAUGCUAGUUUUGGUAUUGAUAAAAAACACUUCAACAAACAACAUGUUAUUCCUCUUGAAAAAGUUCAAUUAAUUGAUUUAAAAGAUGAAGAUAAUAAAAAGAAUGGUUUCGUUAUUCGUACACCAAAUAAAUCUUUUGCUGUUUAUGCCGCAACAAAUUCAGAAAAAAAUGAAUGGAUUAAUCAUAUUUGUAAAUGUAUAACUUAUCUUCAAAGAGAAUGUGGAAAAACACUAGCAACAGACUUUGCAGCUGAGUGGGUUCCUGAUAAGGAAGCUGUUACUUGUAUGGUUUGUUUAAAAACUGUCUUUGGUAUUAUUCAUCGUCGACAUCAUUGCCGAGCAUGUGGUAAAGUUGUUUGUGGUAAAUGUUCUAAUAAUACAUGGAAUUUACCAAAUAUUAGUUCAAAAGAUGUUCGUGUUUGUGAUCAAUGUAUUGUUCUUUUAAGGAAAGGUGAAAAAAUUAUUCCACAUGCAUAUGGAAGGACAGAUAAAAGUAAUGAUGGAUAUUUAAGAAAUAGUCAUAAUAUUCCAAUACAAUCACUUAAUGAGACAACACUUUCUGAUUCUAGUGAUGACGAAGAUGAUGAAUCAUCAAAUAACAAAAAUAUUAAAAAAACACAUCAACAAUAUGUUAGUAAAAAUGCUCAAGAUCCCUUUGAUGACUAUUUCAAUUCUGAAUUACCUAAUACUAAUUUAUUUUAA